AUGGCUUUUAGCUUUAAGAUGCUCAAUGAGGAGGGUCAAGGAGAUUUUGUUCUUUUAUUUGCCAUUGAUUGGCCUUUGGUUGAUAUAUCUGAUUUCAUGUACUCCACAGGUACAACAAAAAGCUAUCAAGUUGCUUUCUUGUGUGCUUUUGAUGAAGUCGCAGACUUUUAUCGGUCCCAGCUUAUCACAAGUGAAACUCGACAUGGCAUAGUUGUUGCCACGGCAUUGGAGGUUGAUAAAGCUUCAAAUUGCCUAUCCACCAUAGCUGCAACUACAAUAAUGUUUUUGCACAAUCGUGACUACCAGCGGUAUGCUUUGUUGGAAGAGGUGAGAAACUCCUUGUUGAAAGAACCAACCCUACAUGACGCCAUUAAGAUUGCUGUGACCUAUAGGAAGCAAGAGCUACUGCAAUUGGAAGAACAAAACAACGAUCUAGCAGAGCCAGAAGUGGUGAUAGUUGAAGAUGAUGAAGUGGUGAUUGAACCAGUGCCAAAAAAGAAGCGCACUGGCAAUAAGGGAUUCACUAUCCCUGAGGAGUUGGGGAGGGGGGGGGGCUAA